GAUUGUUGGAUCCUUUUUAGCCAAGUGAAAAGAAGUAAUAACACAUUGAUCAUGUCAUACCUGAUUAUCACUGAAUGUUUUUUCAAUCCGUUUGUAUGUUAAUUAAGAACAGCAUUCCUGUAAUUUACCCAUUCCAUUGAUUUCCGCCAUGGAGGUUUGAGUGUCGAUUAAAGUGCGUAACUCAUAUUUGUGUCAAAUUUCUCAACGGUAACGGGCCACGGUUCAUCUAAAUUUGACAAAAAUGUACGAUUCACCUAUAAGCUUGCAGAACGUCUGUGCAAAUUACAUCGGAGAAAAUAUCGAAGCCUUUUGCUGGGCUGAAGGUGAUGAGGAAGCAAUAACACUUACAUUCAAAAAAGGGCAUGUCUAUUUGCACACUACCUUGUCUGAGCAGCUCUUGAACAUCUUGGGUCAAAAGAGAAAGAUCAAUGAUGAAAUAUUAUCCAUAUUCAAUAGUAAUAAUACUAGGUUGGAAAAAGUUAUCAUGCCGAAUGCCAUGAAUCUUACCUGUAGAGGUUUGAAAACCCUCAGACAGCAUCAUAUAGUGGAUUUAGAGGCAACACAGUUGAAAGUUACUAUCAGUGAUCUGAUCAGCUCACUGAGUGAUUGGACAAUAGAUAAUUUACGAAGCUUGACCGUCAGUGACUGUACCUUUGUGGACAGUUCAAAAAUGGCUGCUAUGGUCUCGUUGUCCAGAUUAAAGAACUUGAGAACUUUAAAUGUGAGCUAUACUGAAUUUAACAAUCAUGGCCUUGAGAUUAUAGUUGAGGAUUUGCGUCACUUGGAGUGUCUGGACCUAAGUGAAACUCGUGUUUCAGAAAUAUCACCAUUGCGAAAGUGCCGUAAUCGUUUGCGAGCGCUUGUUCUUCAUAAUCUGAAGAUAUCUGAUGCCGCAAUUCCAGUUAUAAUGGACCUACCUCGAUUAAGGCACUUGGAUGUGUCGAGGAACUCGAACUUUUCGUCGCGUUUCCAGCAACAAGUCUACGUCCUUCUUGAUCACAUCACACCACCCUUGUCACUCUCUAUCAAUGAGCUCCUUCUGGAACCGGGAGCACUAUGCGAAUUGGAGCACCUAGACAUAUCCGGAUGCGACCGCGUGGAAAUUGACGCAUUAGCCCAAUUUAUUCAGUGUCAUCGAUCAUUGACAUUUCUUGGUCUGCUGGAUUGCGAGGCCUGCUAUGACAGUAUGUUUGUGGAAAAAAUUUGCCCGUAUACCACGUCUUUGAUGAUCACUGGAUCGGCCAAUGAAGAGCAAAUCUUAGAAUCACUCAUUCGCUACCCAAAGCGUGUGAGGUGCACCCAGAGGUCUCUCUAUGAACUAUUUUCUCUAACCCAACAAUUUUGCGAACCGAGAGUAGAUGUGAUUGAGUUGGUAUUGCGAGCAAUGCGUCUUCAUCCUGAAGAAUUUCAUAUUCAAAUGGCGGCUACUGCUUGUGUGUACAACUUAACCAAAGGUGACGUCGGCCAGAAAAUUCAUCCACACGUUCUUAAAGAAGUUGUUCAUUUUACGUUAGCUGCCAUGGAAAAUUUUCCCAACCAUUUGCAAUUGCAAAAGAAUACCCUUUUGACGUUAUGCAGCGACAGAAUUCUACAAGAUGUCACAUUCGACCGUUAUCGCUGUGCGCGGUUGGUUCUAGAUUGCUUAUGCAUCUUUGAAGAUUCAUCAAUGGGUCGUAUGAGCGUAGCGAUAUGCUCUAUUCUGGCAGCGAAAAUUUCUACUUCAGAAACCACAGUUCUUGGCUCAACGCCGAAAUACAUGCGCAAGUUGCUAAAGAUGGUAAGAACAAAGAUGGAAUCGAAUCAGGUUGAUAUCACCCUCAAGUUCACACUUUCAGCCUUGUGGAAUCUCACCGAUGAGUCUCCCGAAACAUGUUCGAUAUUUUUACGAGAGGGAGGCUUGGAACUUUUUCUUGAAGUGCUCGAAGCUUUCCCUGGUGAGUCUACUGUCGAAACUAAGAUCCUCGGUUUGAUUAAUAAUAUCGCCGAAGUCAAGACGUUACGGCAUCGUUUGAUUGUGGAUCCAUUCCUAGUGGCUCUUCGUAGGCUUUUGCGCUCUCCGCUUAUCGACGUUGCAUAUUUCGCAGCCGGCAUCAUAGCGCAUUUGGCUUCCGGUGGGGUCGAAUUUUGGACUUCGCGAGCUAUUCCACGACAUGUUAUGCUUGAAGAAUUGGGUAUUGUAGUAUUGGAAUGGAGUAGUCCUGAAAGUGAAAUGGUGGCUUACCGAUCCUUUUCACCCUUCUUCCAUUUGAUUCUAUGCUAUGAAGCACCACAGGUUCAGCUCUGGGCCCUUUGGGCGAUUCUACAUGUCUGUAGCAAAAACGGAAAGCGUUAUUGUUUGAUGUUGUAUGAAGAGGAAGGAGAUGAAAUAUUGAAUACGAUAGCUGCAAAUUCUAACACAUCAGAAGAAGUGCGUCAGUUUUGCAUCUCAAUAAUGGAUUUACUGAAAAUGCAAGGUUUAGUUCGAAAUGGGAAAAAUGCUUCAAAACUGUCUAUUGAUGAGCCGAAUAGCAAAAUGUUAGAAAAUGAUAUUCAUUCAUAAAAGAUUUAAGAGUUAGGAGAGUAAUAUUUCAAGCAUUACGACUUAUGCUUAUGGGGUUGGGAGUGUAUAAAAACAACCCAUUGAAUUCCCAUGGCCUAUAUUAUUACAGAAGACUGAGCAUCUUCUCCUUUUAUUUGGCUAGUCAACUGUGAUUUUGAAGAUGUAGACCUUUACCAAUGCUCUUGUGAUUUGUUGUUUUGUAUUCUAGAAGUCAUAGGCAUCUUAUCAGGAAAUGAAAUACAAAUAUAUGAAAGUCGUAAA